AUGGCGACAGAGAGCAUAGACACGGAGGUCUUUGAUGUUAUCGUUGUUGGUGCUGGGUGGUAUGGCCUGAUGGCUGCUCGCACAUACUUGGAGCUGGCUCCCGAGACCAAUCUCCUCAUCAUUGAUGACAGCGGCACAGUCGGCGGGGUCUGGUCGAAAGAGCGGAUUUAUCCAAGUCUCUUUGCCCAGAUCAGCCACCCACUGUUCGAGUACUCGUUCUACCCGAUGUCCAAAGAUGACAUCUCGCCGGACGGAUUUGUUUCCGGAAAGACAAUCCACAACUACCUCGACAGUUUCGCCAAAGACCACAAUCUUUUACCUCGCCUUCGCCUCAAGACCCGCGUCAACAGGGUUGCAAGAAGACCGCCAAGCUCGGAGGGAUGGAUUCUCGACAUCAAAGAUGGAAGUCGUCUGGCAUGUAACAAGCUCAUCUACGCUACAGGCGCCAACUCCAGCCCCAUCAUCCCAAAAUGGCCCAGGGAAAGCUUCGAGAAGCCAGUGAUCCACUCGCUUGAGCUCGGAACACACCAAGAGUACAUCGCCAACAGCGUCCGCAGAGCCACUGUUGUCGGCCGCUCAAAGUCGUCCUAUGACGCUGUCUACCACUUGCUGUGCGAGGGAAAGAAGGUCGACUGGGUUAUGCGUGACGGUCUAUCCGGCCCUUUCAGUCUUUAUGCCCCGACAUUUUUGGGGCUCUGGAACAUAGCCGACCACAUCUCGACGCGCUUCGCCUCGAGCUUCAGUCCGUGCAUCAUGGCGACUUCUGGGUUCUGUUACAACUUUUUCCAACGGAACGCUAUGGGACGCGUGUUGACAAACGUGUACUGGCGAACGGCCAAUUACCUUUCUGUAUCACACGCAGAAUACUGGAAGACUCCCAACGCGGAGAAGUUGCGGCCGAGGCCGUACAGUGACGGAGUAUGCUGGGGCAGCGGCGGCAUCGGCAUUGCCACUGCACCUGACUUUUGGAAGGUCUUUCAUCGUGGCGAUGUCACUAUUCAUUCGACCGAGAUAGAGUCUCUCUCGCACGAAGACGUCGUCAACUUGAAGAACGGAUACUCUGUAGCCACUGACAUUGUGAUUCAUUGCACCGGAUUCGAUAAAGGGUACGACACUUUUGCUCCCGAGCUCCGAGAGGAGCUUGGUCUGCAAUACGACACCAAGACGUUUUCGCGGUGGACGAUGCUGGACGAAAAAGCCGAGAAAACUGUCGAUGAGCUCCUUCCGUAUCUGAAGACCGCUCCUGAGCAGUACGGUGAUGGAGAAGCCAGCAAAAGAGCGGAACAGGGCCCCAACAGGCAUUUUCGCCGCCUGGUAGUGCCCGAGCUGGCGGCACGGGGUGACCGGUCAAUACUCUUUCCUGGUCAUAUUCACUCGGCGUUUACGCCCCUCGCAGCAGAGCUUCAGGCGCUUUGGGGAGUUUCGUGGAUGCUUGGGUGGCGCGACCUUCCGCCGAGAGAGGAAAUGGAAUUCGAAGCUGCCACGUUCAACGCGUGGACGCGGAAGAGGUACCUCGAGCAGGGCAAGAAGCACUCGUACUUCAUAUACGAUUACAUCCCGUACAUUGACACCCUGAUGAAGGACCUGGGCCUCAACCCCUUCCGCAAGAGCAGCGUCUUCGAGGAGUGGUUUGUCAGGUACAAGCCAAGCGACUACUCUACCAUUCUAGACGAGUACCGAAAGAUUCGGCAGGAGCGAUCGAAACAAGGAGCUACCAAUGGGAGCGCGAAGGGGCUCACCAACGGCAUUCCAAAAGCAAAUGGGCAUUCCACUCUAGCUUGA